AUGACGAACGAGAAGUUAAAAGUAAAGAAUGAGGUGGAAAGCUUCUUAGCCGUGGAGACGGAAAUGAACAGGGAGCUAGAUUUGGCCGGAGUACAGAUUCCGGAGGAGGACACCGAGUCGGGAAUGACCUCUCUCAGACCGUACGUUGAGAUUUCUGGAUCCAUGAACAUUUGGUCUGCAGUGCCACAGUCCCGAUCCAAGCGCUAUGCCAUCAACCCCCUGGGUCAGAAGUGGGAGCACUUUAACAUCACCUACAAAAUCACCAAGUUCCCCAACACUCUGAACAAAGACGACACCCGCAAAGCCAUCAACAUUGCCUUCACCAUGUGGAGUGAUGUCUCCCCCCUCUCGUUCACUGAAAUCACCCAGCCUAACAAAAGCGCUGACAUCAUCAUUGGCUUCUACACCUUCAACCACACAGACUGCUGGUGGUCCCCACUGCACCCCUGCUUUGACGGAUUAAAUGGGGAGCUAGCCCACGCUUUCCUACCCCCCCGUGGGGAGAUCCACUUUGACAACCAUGAGUUUUGGAUACUGGGAAAAUCACGUUUCAGCUGGAAACAGGGUGUGUGGCUGAAUGACCUGGUCCAAGUUGCUGCACACGAGAUUGGCCACGCCUUGGGUCUGUGGCACUCCCGAAAUCCCCAGGCAUUGAUGCACCCUAACGCCACGUACACUGGACAGCGCAGCAUCUCUCAGGAUGACAUCUGGGGUAUCCAGCGCCUCUACGGCUGCGAGGACAAGAGGCGGGUGUGUGACCCGUGGGCUCGGCUGGGGUUCUGUGAGAGGAGGAAGAGCUUCAUGAAGAAGCACUGCCCUCGUCGCUGUGACCUCUGCCAUGAACCUCUGGAGGUAGAUGUCAUGCCAACAUCCCCCCCGUCAAACAUCAAGACAAAGCUGGUCCCCCGGGGGAAGGUCGUGGGUUUCCGCUGUGGGGCCAAAAAUCCUCGAGGGCCCCCAAAAGUCAGCUGGUACAAGGAUGGGGAGCUCCUCUCCACAUCCAUCCCAGGCUACAUCAUCAUCAAGGACCGGGACCUGCGCAUUGUGGCCAACGAGUUCAACGAAGGCACCUACACCUGCAGGGUCCGUCGGCGCGGCAACGUGGUCUCCGCCAACUCCUGGGCCAUCCGCUUGAAACCAGAGCACGCCUCCAACAGCUAG